UUCCACCGGAAAAACAACAGAAAAAGUUUGAGUCGCAACUUGCUCUGUCAAAAUAUUUCCAUUUCCAUUUUUUUUAAAACAAUUAUCGCACCAAUGCGAUGGAAUAUAUGAUAUAAAAAUGAAGUCUGCAUUGAUACACGUUUUAGUGCCCUUUUGUAUUUGUAUCGUUUUGGCGAACACUGGUCUAUUCAACAGUGUUUUAGUCGACAUGAGCUAUGAUCACUACGCCGAGAAGACAGUUGACUACCUACCCUGUUACCUGGCAAUGCCAUUCAACUCAUUGGUCAAUUUGGGAUACAUUUUCAUGGGCCUUUACUGGCUACUUCAACGGACGGACGGUAAAAGAGACACUAGGGCAGGUUACGUCAAAGACAUGUUCGCACUCAUGGCCAUUGCCUACGCACCUGUGCAGUGGGUGCGCCUCGCGACGCUCCUUCGCGCACCCGCUGUUUUGGACCAGUGGUUCACGCUUCCCAUCUUCGCGUGGGUGCCGGUGUGGUGCCAUUUUAUAGAGCACGGUUGGCGGCCACGGUACGCGUUAACGGUCGAGUUGUGCUCCAUUCUCAGCUAUGGCCUUUCGCUGGUGCACGACCAUGGGUUCGAGGUGGCCCUCGGGUGUCACGUGGCCUUCGCGGUCAUCAAAGGUGUCGGGGUAAACCGUAACCAUGGAGACUGCCACUCCCAGAGAUACCUGGGUCUCGCCGUGCUGUCCUGCUGUGGGUUCGUGUUGCUGAAACUGAUGGAUCACACCCUGGCCCGGUACCAACCGUUCCAACAUCUCACCGGACACUUCUGGUCCAAAGUGUGUGACGUUCUGCAGUUCCACUACAGUUUCUGCUUUCUCACGCACGUCACAAGCAUAGCACCAAAACGGACUGAAUAGGUCUAUCCAUGGAUUGUCAAUGGCAAUCAAUAUCAUGGGGCAAUAGGUCUGAGUCUGGCCGCAACUAAUGUAUGUUAAUUCAUUCAAUUGUCUUCAUGAACUUAAGGGAGCAGAAAUUGUGUAGAAGAAACAGCCCACUUCAAGGGCAAAUGACAACUGUGUCUGUAAUUCACUGAAGUUAUAUUCUAGAUAGUAGGCCAAUCACACCUAAUUCAGAUUUGGGGAAAAAAACUAAAAUAUUUAGGUGUAGGUAGGCUGGUUUGAUAAAAUGCAGAGGGGAAAAGACAGCAACAAAACAACAAUUCAGAAAACUGAGUCAGCCAAUGAUUUAAGAUUGAUGAAGAUAUAUAUUAGUUUUUUCUUUGUAAUUUCAACCAAUGCAUGAUGUCCCGUUCGUUAACAUCUAGUCUCAUAAGCAAUAUCAAGAUCAGUGCAACAUGUAUUUCUAGUCAUUGUCAUAAUAUCUCAAAUUGGAGGAAUUAAAUCUGUUUUAUGAUAAAUAUUUUA